AUCCGUGCUGGGCGUCUGUCAACAGGGGGAUCCUGAUCUGCGACGAGUGCUGCAGCGUUCACCGGAGCUUGGGGCGUCAUAUCUCUCAAGUGAGGCACCUCAAGCACACCCCGUGGCCUCCAACGUUGCUGCAGAUGGUUGAAACGCUGUAUAAUAAUGGUGCAAAUUCCAUAUGGGAACAUUCUCUGCUGGACCCUGCCUCUGUGAUGAGUGGAAGGCGCAAGGCGAGCCCACAGGAUAAAGUGCACCCCAACAAAGCAGAAUUCAUCAGAGCCAAGUAUCAAAUGUUGGCGUUUGUGCAUCGCCUGCCGUGCCGCGAAGACGACAGCGUGACUGCCAAAGACCUUAGCAAGCAACUCCAUUCCAGCGUGAGGACAGGGAAUCUGGAGACGUGCUUGCGAUUACUCUCCUUAGGAGCUCAAGCCAACUUCUUCCAUCCCGAGAAAGGAAACACCCCGCUCCACGUUGCUGCUAAAGCAGGACAGACUUUGCAAGCGGAACUAUUAGCGGUUUAUGGUGCUGAUCCUGGCACGCAAGAUUCCAGUGGCAAAACUCCAGUGGACUAUGCAAGACAAGGUGGGCAUCAUGAGCUGGCAGAACGCCUGGUGGAAAUUCAGUAUGAGCUCACAGACAGGCUGGCUUUCUAUCUCUGCGGCAGGAAGCCAGAGCAUAAAAACGGACAGCACUUUGUUAUACCUCAGAUGGCAGACAGCAGUCUGGAUUUAUCAGAACUUGCAAAAGCAGCUAAGAAGAAGCUUCAGUCUCUAAGCAACCACUUGUUUGAAGAACUUGCCAUGGAUGUGUACGAUGAAGUCGACAGGAGGGAAACAGACGCAGUUUGGCUUGCUACUCAGAAUCAUAGUACUCUUGUGACAGAGACCACAGUGGUCCCUUUUCUUCCUGUAAAUCCUGAAUAUUCCUCAACCAGAAACCAGGGGAGACAGAAACUGGCUCGAUUUAAUGCCCACGAAUUUGCUACGCUAGUUAUAGAUAUUUUAAGUGAUGCCAAACGAAGACAGCAGGGGAACCCUCUCACUGGUUCAAAAG